AUGUCGAAGCAAUUUGUUCGUUCAGCUAAAAAUGUAAUGAAAGGUUACUCUUCGACCCAGGUCCUUGUAAGAGAUGCUACUUCGAACGAUAAUAGGGUCACAAAUAUUGAUACAUUGGAUGAUAUUGCUUCUAGAUCUUAUGAUUCUGUUGAUUUUUUCGAAAUUAUGGAUAUGUUAGAUAAGAGGCUUAAUGAUAAAGGGAAGUAUUGGAAACAUAUUGUUAAAUCGUUGACUGUAUUAGAUUAUUUAGUUAGGUUUGGUAGUGAGAAUUGUGUUCUUUGGUGUAAAGAAAAUCUCUACGUUAUAAAGACUUUAAGAGAAUUCAGAUACGAAGACGAUACUGGUAUCGAUCAAGGCCAAAUAAUUAGAGUGAAAGCUAAAGAAUUGACGUCUUUAUUACAGGAUGAAGAACGAUUAAGAGAAGAAAGGAGAUUCAAUAAUAGAAGAAAUCGUCGUAAUAACAGAAGUGCCAAUAGAAGUAGAGCUACAAGUAGAUCACAAUCAAAUAUUGGUCCAGAUGAUGACGAUUUGCAGAGGGUCAUUGAAGAAAGUAAGAAAACUGCAGAAGAAGAUGAAAGGCGUAGGAAAGAAUUGGCAAGAUAUGAUGAAGAAGAUCCUGAAUUUCAAGCUGCAUUACAGUUAAGUAAAGAAGAGGAAGAAUUGAAAAACUUGCAAGAUUUGCAAAGACAACAACAACAAUUACAAAUGUUGCAACAACAACAGACUUCUGCAAAUGUUUAUUAUGAUGUAUUUGGAAAUCCAAUCUCAUAUGAUGAGUAUAUGGAAUAUCAACAACAAAAGCAAUUGUGGGAACAACAACAAGAACAACAGAGAAUUGCUCAAGAGCAGUAUCUAGCUCAGCAACAGCAGCAAGCGUGGGAAGAACAACAACAAGCUCUUGCUCAACAGCAACUAUGGGACCAACAACAGCAGCAAUUACAACAACAGCAACAGCAACAACUCUGGCAGCAGGAACAAGUGCCUAUGGUUACUGGAUCAAAUAAUCCAUUUUCAAUGGAUAAUCUCGGCAAGGUAAAUAAUGCACCUCCUCCACAACCUGUUCCACAACCGCAACUUGCUGUACAAUCCCCUCCACAACAGAUCCCACAAGUGGCAAUGCCUCCACUGCCACAACAACAAGAACAACAACCUUUGAAACAAAACAGAACAGGCAAUGAGGAAAUCACCGAAAAAUACAGUGAAUUAAACAAUCUUUUGGCUCAAGGAACUGGUGUGGACACGUUCGGUAAUACUGGUCAAGAAAGAAUUCCAGCCCAACAUACAAAGACAGGAACUUUUAUCAACUCGCAGGGUACAGGAUACAAGCAAGUAACGAAUGAACGCUCCAAAAACAAUCCGUUCUUAAACACUCAAUACACAGGUUUACCAAGUUCCAAUAUUGUUCCUUCAAGCACUGGCUAUGGAUUUGGUAACCAGCCACAAGACUCUGCACAAAACCAAUACUCACAACAGCAACAACAAUACUCACAGCCUCAAUAUAAUCAAGCAUACCCUCAACAGCAGCAACAACAACAACAACCAAACCAGCAAUAUCAACAAAUGGCUUACCAACAGCAAUACAACUUACAGCAGCCUCAACAGCAAAGCAACAGCGCUGCUCCAGAUCAAAGUAUAAGUUUGAUUGAUUUAUGA